AUGGACGGGGUCGUGGCGGCGGCGGCGGGCAACGCGGGCGCCGCCAAGGCCGAGGGAGCCGCAGCCGUGCCGCCCCCGCCCCCCGGAUCCCCGCCCGCGCUCACCCCCGCUCCCGCCGCCGGCGAAGAGGGCCCGGCGCCUCUGCUUGAGGUGGGGGCUCCCGGCUGCUCGGGCUCCCGACCCCCCGAGCUGGAGCCUGAGCGCGGCCUGGGCCGCUUGCGAGGCCGCUUCGAGUACGAGGACGAGGAGUUGGAAGAAGAUGAAGAGUUGGAGGAGGAGGAGGAAGAGGAGGAGGAAGAGAUGAGCCACUUCUCGCUGAGGCUGGAGGGGGGCCGGCCGGACUCGGAGGACGAGGAGGAGCGCCUGAUUAAUCUCUCUGAGCUGACCCCGUACAUCUUGUGUUCCAUUUGCAAAGGUUACUUAAUAGAUGCAACUACCAUUACAGAAUGUCUUCAUACCUUUUGUAAAAGCUGCAUUGUAAGACAUUUUUACUAUAGCAACAGAUGUCCCAAAUGCAACAUAGUAGUACAUCAGACACAACCUCUUUAUAACAUAAGGUUGGACCGACAGUUACAAGACAUAGUGUACAAAUUAGUGAUCAAUCUAGAGGAAAGAGAAAAAAAGCAAAUGCAUGAUUUCUAUAAAGAAAGAGGUCUAGAAGUACCUAAACCUGCUGUUCCACAGCCAGUCCCUUCGAGCAAAGGAAGAUCUAAGAAAGUCCUAGAAUCGGUGUUUCGUAUUCCACCUGAACUUGAUAUGUCUUUAUUAUUGGAGUUCAUUGGUGCUAAUGAAGGCACGGGACAUUUUAAGGUAUUUUACUUUUAUUUUUCAUUUAUUUCACAAGAGGACUCUGUAGUACACAAAUUUGACAGGAAAGCAAUCUGUUGCUCUCUUAUUUGUCCGCAGGUAGAUAUCAUCUGUGGCGAUCACUUGUUGGAACGGUAUCAAACUCUAAGGGAGAUCCGACGUGCAAUAGGUGAUGCAGCAAUGCAAGAUGGCCUGCUUGUCCUUCAUUACGGUCUUGUGGUUUCUCCUCUGAAAAUAACUUGAAGAUUCUAGGCGUAUCGUGAGGAGGGAAACAAAGUAAGGAGGCUUCUGCAGGACUGCAUCUCACCAAAGAUUUCCAUGAAACACGUAAUUGCCACCACUUUAUGCUAUUCAAGACAUAACUUAUCUAUUUUUAGCACCAAGAAUCUCAGCAUUUAUAAGUACAACUUGAAAUGAUGGAAUGCAUCAGUUUUACUAGAUACUGUAUAUAAAAGGCAUCCACAGCUCAGGGGAAAAAUUUCAAAACAUUGAAUUU